AUGCUUAAAAGUAUUUGGGAAUUAAAAGGAGAUGAAAAACAAUGUUAAGCAAACUAUAGCAUAGAAUUUCUAUUUUAAAACCCUUUGUUUUAGCAUGCUUCAUCUCUAUUUUUGAAAGACAUUGUAAAUUCAACAAGCAAUGCUUUUGAAUAGCGAGCAUAUAAAGUGUUUUAGGAAUAAUAAAAGAAUUAUUCUCAUUCCGAUAACAAUGAAGGAAAUAAUACUAUGGUAGAUACUGAGAAAAUAACAAACUCAGACCCUUUAAAUAGAUUAAUAUCAAAAAAGCUAAUUGAUGAAUAAUAAUUAAAUAUGAUUAUAAGAAAUUAAGAAAUAUUGAAUUUGAUUAAAUAAAUGCAAAAUCUAUACUAAGAUCAAAAUUAAGCAGACUAGAAAUGUGUUGAAUUUAUAAAAGAGUACUUGCUCUUAUAAUAGUUUAAAAUUUGA